ACAGGAACCAUCAGCAACACAAGUACGAAGGAGUCGUGAGUGCUCCUGUGGUCGACUGAGUGCGAUUACGAAUCACUAUACCACGAGUGAUCAUCACACUACGUUCUCUUCUGCAAUUAAUGACAGCCACGUAUUGAUGGUUGGGUGUGACUUACACAAGAGGAUGAAAGUAGUUUAAUGACCAGGAAAUGACAGCAAUCUUGUUUCGAUUGAAGUAAGAAGCAGAUACUCAACUGAAAACGAUUUUCUCUAAAACUGUUUUGUGUGUGUUUUGGACAAUAGAACGGAAAAUAAGCUUUAAUCAAAAUGAAUGUUGCCAGUCUUCCUCUUGUUGGACAUUUAUAUCUCCCCUUGUUGUUGACAUCUUUAAUAGUUGGGUUGAUAAUAUUGAUCUUACUUGAUAAAAGGAAGAAUGAAGGGAAAGAAAGAGUUUUGGGGAAAAAUUAUACCACUGUCAGUCCUGUCAAUAAUGGUGUGUGUGGUGGUGAAAAGUCCCCCGGUGAUACUGUUACCCCAUGUGAUCCAGAAACUGAAAAUCCCUCUGCACACCCCAGAGAACAAAUUGGUAGGGGUAAAGUUAUUGUCAGUCACUCAGACCAUGAUAAACCCAGUACUCAUAAAGUGGAAGAUUUACUUGAGAGCACAUCAGGCUGUUCAAGCAGUGAGGAGGAUACUACAAGACCAAAGAGGAAGGUGUCUCAUACCAGGAAGCACAGCUGUAGUGGUGCUAAGACCUGCUCCAACAAGAAGACUGUCUCAGAAGUGAUCAUUGUAGCAGACAUCAGUGAUGACCAACUCAGGGUCAGCUCAGAAGACUUAGCAGAAAGGUUUACAACAGGUGGCCUCACUUGUACUACUAGAGCUUCUCUUGAAGUACAACAGUCAUUAUUAAACACUGAGCCUUCACAGCUUAGCCUUUUCCUGGUUACAUCAUAUGACAAGUGUGAACGACUACUUGACACAGUUCUGAAAAUAAGGGAAACCAGUGAUUCUACAUUAGUCUUCACAUACAGCAUUUUGUGCCUGACAGAAACAAGUUCUAGAGAUAUUUGUGAGUCUGCAGAGAGGCUUAGUGUAGCACUGUCUGACUUAGGAGGGACAAGAUGGCUACCUCUUACCUGCAUCACAUACACUGGAUACACACAAAAUUCUUCAGUGUUAUCCAGCUGUCAGUACACCAAAAAAGUUUUAGAUAAAAUCAAGAAAAUAUCAAAGAAAUGCUGUGGAACGUCAUGCAGUUCAAAAAUGGAAGUGGACAUUGAAGACUUGGCAGCUUCACUCUUACCAAUAGUAACGCCAGUGAAAACAUAACCAUGCUCAUGAGGGAGGGAGGAUUUUCCUUCAACUAUUCAAUCAUGUAAAAUAGUUAUCCGUGUAUAUCAUCUUUAUUUUUCAGGAGAAAUUAUUUGCAAUUUUCAGUUUCUCCUGACUGCGGUUAACCCUUCCAUAAUCAUCUACCACAUAACUAGUACAUCUUUACAUGAUGUCAAACUUAAAUUGCAGUAUGAAUAGUUUCAUUCUCAAUUUACCUGAGACCAGACCAAUGAGAAAGAGAUAAAGGGAGUUAUAUUUCUUCUAGUUUUGAAGGAUUAUAAAUGUGAUCUCAAGAAUGAUUGUUAGUAAAGGUUGGAGGAUGUAGUCACAGUGUAGUUUGUUGUGUGUUUGAAUGUUUGAUUUGUUUCUUGGACUUUUUUAAAAGUUAGUUAUUUUUAUUUAUUUAUUUAUUUUUUAUUUAAACCAAUUAAUUGCAAUUUGUUUAUUUUUUGUGGCAUAUAAAUUGGGAAUUGUGACAUAAUGAUGAGUGAAUUGAUAUUAAUAUUGAAAGGUACAACUAGAGAAAACAUAGCCUACCACACAUGGAUAUGUUGUCUCCUUGACAGUCUAGAUCCAGUUGGUAAAAUAUUUCUGCUUUUGGAGUGGUGGUGGUACAGUAUUCUCUUAUUCAAGCUUUUCAUUCUCCUGGGUUGGCUGUACAAUUCUUUCAUUCAACUCUUCUGACUCAUAAGCUAGUGAGACUCCUUUUAUUUAUAUAUUUCAUUCACAAGAUGUAUAAUCCUUUCAUUCAAAUAUUUCAUUCAUAGCAUAUCCAUGAAUAUUUUAAAGAGAUGGAAACUCCAGCUUAAUUCCUGGAGAGAGAAACCAAAGAGUUCUUCAUGUACUUUCAGGUGAAAUAAAUGUUGAGUAGUUUCUUUUUGCUUUCACAAAAUGUAAUGAAUUUACAGACUAAGUUUUUGUGUGGUGCUCUCAGUUGUUAAAUAACAAAAGAAUAAGAAGUGUGAACAAAGUAGAAACACCAUAAAGGAUGCAAAAUCACUGGUUAAUAAGUAAUACUAUUGUUAAACUAUGUGUGUAUGUAUGUAUGUAUGUGUAGAUUACAAACACUGCCAUGUAUAUAUAGUGGUGAGGCUGGCAACUCUAAAUGGGCCCCAGUGCAAACAGGUCCCAAUUUAAUCGUGAUUGGGGCCUAACACAGACACAUAGCAGUCCUAAUGGUUUGGUUUGAUUAGGACUGGGGUCCAGUUUAUUAGGUAAUGUGAGUGAUAUAUUAAAGUUGUGGAGGAAUGCUUUGAAUAAAUUGGCCAGGGAAAGUAUAUUUAAAGUUAUAUAGAUAUAUCUAAUUAUAUAUGAAUGUCAUGCUGAGGUAUAGUAUCAUGGCUAUGUACUGGUAAAGAUUUUUGAAAUUUUUGGAAGCCUUCCCAGGUACAGUACAGGGUGCAUGGAAUCCAGAGCAACACGAAACUUUCCCACAUUUGCUAUUAUUUAAUACAAUAUAUUGGUAGUAUUGUAUUACACAGUACAUUGUAUUUCUCUUUAAAAAUAUUUUUAUAAUUUCUCAAACUUAUUGUGCUGAAUCUAUAGGUUAUAUGGUAGACACUUCAUCUCUGUGCUUCUUGUCGGCCAUUUUCAUAAUCCAUGUGAUGUUUGUCUUCCUCAUUAGUUUAGGUCUUGUUGUCACACAUGUCUGCUAUGUGCUCAAAUUUAUACUUGGGCAGUGGUUCCCAACCGCUUUAUUUAAGUGGACCAGAUUGAAUGGUCAAAUAUGUGACGAGGCCGAACUUUAAAAUCGGAAAGUGAAUAAAUUAGUUAAGUACUCUGUACCUAGUCACUUGUUUAUUAAAAUAAAAAAUAUUGCCCUUAAA